AUGGGAGAUCAGCACCAGCAGCCGCAGCCGCAGCCGCAAAGGAUGCAUGGCGGCGGCGGUCUCGAUUUGCCUCCAGGGUUCCGUUUCAACCCUAGUGAUGAGGAGAUCAUCACCUUCUACCUCACACCUAAAGUGCAGCAAAGGAGUUUCACCUGCGCUGCCAUCGGAGAGGUCGAUCUUAACGGCGCAGAGCCAUGGGAACUCCCUGGUAAGGCGAAUAUGGGAGAGAAGGAGUGGUACUUCUUCUACCAGAAGGAUCGUAAGUACCGAAAGGGGAUAAGGAUGAAUCGGGCCACGAAGGGCGGUUACUGGAAGGCCACAGGCAAGGAUAAGGAAAUCUACGGAGCCACAACAGGGGUAGUGCUACCAGUGCUCAUUGGUAUGAAGAAGACGCUUGUCUUCUACACAGGUAGGGCUCCUAGGGGCAAAAAGACUAGCUGGAUCAUGCAUGAGUAUAGGCUCGAAGGCGACGAUAGGCUCCCCUACCCUGCAGCCAACUCAAUCCCCACCGUCACCAUGAAAUCUUCUUCUGCUUUUAAGGAUAAGUGGGUGGUCUGUCGUGUGUUCCACAAGAUCACAGGGAUAAAGAAGGAACCAGCAUCGCCACCGUACAACAAUGCCAUGGACGAUAUUAGGAUUGAUCAGAGUAGCGUCCACAUGCCCCUGCCACUGGAAUUUCCCGUGCUACCAGACUUCACCAUGGACCCAGCGGGGAUUAACUACUCCACCACCGAUGUAAGCUCUUCAUCGCUACCGCAUGUGAUUCCUCCUGGUAUUGCAGGCAUGGGUGUCACCAUGCUUCAGAUGAACAAUGCUUCGCUUGGGAACUCAAUGGCCGUUGCACCGCAGAUGCCCUUCUACCACCAGACGAACAUAGGAACCGUAGAUGCCAGCGGCUUCAUGGCUGCACUGCAGGGCGUGCCUUCGUUGAUGGUGUCACAGAAUGAUGCUGGGAUGAGCAUUGACCAAACCAAUGACGCCGAGAUACCAUCCAUGGUGCCUAUAGUCCCAGAGUCCACAACCACCAUGGAUAUGGAUUCCUUAUGGGAGUAUUAA